AUGGAAGUUGAGGAUACGAAGUUUGUCCAACAGCCGCAACAAAAGUUCAUUCGGCCAGUACACGGGUACAUGGAUUUCCUCGACGUUCAAGAAGAGCUCCCGCACGGGGGUGACGUGCUGUACCUCGAGCGGUUCCGGGUGUCAAAGGAUGCCGUCGCGUUGAUUCUUCAGCUUUCGAAGCCCCACCUGCCGGCGACUUUUGAUACACGGCUUGUCCUGCUGGUUACAAUACAAUGGCUCGCAAGCAGCGUGUCGGUGCGGAGUCAAGAGCAGAUGUUGUUCCAAGACCACAACCACGUUACGUUGGCCUACUAUCGACAACUUGGUGUGCGCGCAAUCACCAAAGGCUUGGUUGACGGCGGAUUCUAUGGUUCGGGUCCGCAUGAACCGACCGCAACCGCGUGCGCUCCAGCUGUGAAGCAUUUCGUCAAGAGCAUCCAACCUUCAACAAGUGUCUUGGUGCUUUGGAUGGUACCCACGUCCCCAUCGCGGUGUCUGCGGAGGUGCAAGAUCGAUUCCGAAAUCGCGAGGGCCACACGUCGACGAACGUAUUGGGUGUCGUCGACGAGUUGGGAAGGUUCGUGGUUGUCUUUGCGGGUGGUGAAGGCUGCUCAUCUGACAGCUAUAUAUACAGCCAGACGGAGUUUGAAGGAAGCGUCCCAAGCGGUUACUUAUUAUACCUUGGUGAUGCUGGGGACCGUUUGUCCAAGGUGCUGCUGA